AACACAGGUCAGCGAGUUGGACUCAUCUGUCUUAGAAGAGAAGAGAAGAGAAUCAUAGAAAGAAAACGCGACGACGAAGCUUACCCAGAGACAGAGCUGAGACAGAGCUGAAGAAAGAAGAAGAAGCCUUGAGUAUCAUUACCUCUGUAAUGGAAGGUAAAUCACCAGACCUAGAAUCAAUCGGGUCUGGUACAACAACAAAGCGUUCAAGUGUCUCAAGCCGAUCUCGUACCCGCAGAGACUUCCUUACAAGAUUUACAGACAGCGAACAUUUCGCUGAAAAGCUCCAAGAUUGGUUUGAUUUAACGUUAGACAACAACUCAAAGAGUAGCAAUGGAGGACCUGUCUUUGAUGUUCCUUUUGAGCUUGUUGAGCUACAAAAGUUUGAUUACGCAUUAGAAGGCAUUUCUUUUCAGCAGCUUACAAGAAUGCCUAACGCUGUUUACGCUUCCACAUCUACAGCUGUUGAAGCUAAGGCUUAUUUAGCUAUAGAGGAUUUUUUACACGCUACUGUGAAAAGCUUGUGGGAAGCGUUUUGGAGUCAGGACGAGCCUGUUCCUUUCUCUGUUGGUUGUUUGUAUAAUCAGAAUCUUAAGUUUUAUCAGGCUGAGAGAGCUUUAGGGAUUGGGAAGCUUGAUGGUCUUUCUGGGACUGGUGUUUUGCUUAAGAACCCUCGGCAUCCACAUGGGAAAUGGGAUCAUAUUCUUGAGCUUGCUCUGCUAAGGCCUGAUAUUGGAAGCUUUGCUCAGGACAGUGAUCGUCCUCCUUCUUUACAUGUCUUAGGCGAGGCUCUUUUCUAUGCUCUUCGUAUACUCAUUGCAAGGAGUGUGAGCCGUUUGGAUUUUUCUCAAAGCUCGAACUGUGUCUUUGUUCUUCUCGUUGAUUCUCAGUUUGGAGGUGUUGUUAAAGUCGAAGGGGAUGUGAAUAAAUUGGAUUUUGACUUGAACAAUGUUUAUGAGUGUGCAGCAGACUGGAUAAUGAAGCAUUCGAAGAUAGCUGUGUCGCCAGUUGACAGGAUUUGGAACAAGCUUGGGAAUGCUAACUGGGGUGACAUUGGUGCUUUACAAGUAGUCUUUGCUACUUACCACAGUAUAAUGCAGUACUUUGGUCCACCGAGGCAUUCUAUUGAAGACUUAGCUGCUGACCAUAGUUCUCGCCUUCACUCAAGACGACAAGAGAGGCAGUUGGGGGAUACUAGUCUCAAUGAAAACGGUACGUUUAGGUUCCAGCAAAGUACCAUGUCUCCUGAGAUUGUUGAAGUCCAAGAAGAGUCAGCCAAAAUUGAGCCUGAACCGUCUAUGAAACUGGAAGUUGGAUCGGUUCUGUGGUUGGAGGAUUCGAAUUUUCAAAAAGGCUAUCAGAUUGACGAAAUAUUGACUAAUGGUACGCUACCCUUUCAUAUUGCAUCACCAGUGGACGAUGCAGAGAAGUCUGUGUUCUUGUAUGUUGGUUCUCCUCCUUCACAGCUUGAACCAGCUUGGGAAGAUAUGAACUUGUGGUAUCAGGUCCAAAGACAAACUAAGAUAUUAAGUAUUAUGAAACAGAGAGGACUGUCUAGCAAAUACUUGCCGCAGCUCCAUGGGUCUGGUCGGAUACUUCACCCAGGGCAAUGUCAAAAACCAAGUUCAGGUGGACGAUGUGAUCAUCCUUGGUGUGGAACUCCAAUUCUUGUGACCACUCCGGUUGGUGAGACAGUAGCUGACUUAGUAAACGAGGGACGGUUUGGUCAAGAAGAAGCUAUUCGAUGUUGCCAUGAUUGCUUAUCUGCACUUUCUUCCUCCUCUUCAGUUGGGAUCCGACACGGUGAUAUCCGACCAGAAAAUGUAGUUUAUGUCACUUCGGGUGUAAGACAUCCUUACUUUGUACUUAUUGGUUGGGGUCACGCUGUGCUUGAGGAUAGAGAUCGACCAGCGAUGAAUCUUCAUUUCUCCUCGACUUAUGCGCUUCAGGAAGGGAAACUAUGUGCUGCCUCAGAUGCAGAGAGCUUGAUUUACAUGCUUUAUUUCUGUUCUGGAGACUUCCCUGAAUUGGAUUCAGUUGAAGGAGCUCUUCAAUGGAGAGAGACCUCUUGGUCAAAAAGAUUGAUUCAGCAGAAGCUAGGCGAUGUCUCAACCAUUUUAAAAGCGUUUUCAGACUACGUUGAUAGUUUAUGUGGGACACCAUAUCCAUUAGAUUACGACAUUUGGUUAAGAAGAUUAAAGAGGAAUCUUUCAGAAGAUCAUGGGAAAGAAAUUGAAACUUCAGGCUAAGCUCUUAUCCAAGAAACAAAAUGGGGGUUCGCCAUACCAGAUAAUGAAGGUCCUUAUAUAUAAAGAUUUGAUUCCUUUUGAACAUUCUUUCAGGUGCUCUCUCUCUCUCCCUCUCUCUGCUUAACCUGUCCGAGACUGGAAGCCUCACGAUGAGACGUAUCCUUCGGUUUUGCCAAGUCUGAAAAGUUUGGGACCUUUGUUCUCUGUUCUUGUACAUGAUCUUUGAAAUGGAUUAGAUUCUGCAUCUCCCUUGGCUAUUAAUGGUCUGUUCCUUUUCUUCAUUAUUAUUAUUAUCUUGAGAGUGAUUCUCUAUUUAUUUAUUGUAAAGGUGAGAGCUUUUUUGUUCCCAUUUUGACUUGUGUUUAAGUUUACGAGUUCUUUA